CCAUCCAUAUCCAUCCAUCGAGCAGCCACUUCACAUCACACCAGCAAUUAAGUGGCAGAAGUGCAUGCGACCCAGAGGUUCGGGCAUGGCAGCUCCGAGAGCGCUCGCCAUCUGCGUCCUGCUGGCGAUCGCCGUCGCGAAUGCCGAGGCGGCGUCCGUCGUCAUCGGCCUGGCCAAGUGCGCCGACUGCACCGGGAAGAACAUCAAGGCCGAGGAAGCCUUCAAGGCUCUGCAGGUGGCGAUCAAGUGCAGGAACAGCGCCGGCGAGUACGAGAGCAAGGCGGUGGGCGCCCUCGACGGCACCGGCGCCUUCAGCGUGCCCCUGGCCGCCGACCUCCACGGCGCCGACUGCGUCGCGCAGCUCCACAGCGCCGCCUCCAACGCGCCGUGCCCCGGCCAGGAGCCAUCCAAGAUCGUGCCGGUGUCUGAGGGCACCACUUACGGCAUCGUCGCCGGUGAUAACACCGCCACGCCGUCCGCGACGUCGCCGGAGUGCGCGUCGAUGACCCUGUGCGGGCCCAUCAAGAAGCACAUCAUGGAACACUUCCACCACAAAAAGCCCGUGCCGCCGAAGCCGGAGCCCAAGCCAGAGCCCCACCCUGACUACGGCCCCGUGCCCAAGCCCGAGCCCAAGCCGCAGCCGCACCCGGACUACCACCCCGUCCCUCCCACCCCCACCUACGGCGGCGGCGGCGGCGGCGGCGGAUACCACGGACACCAUUGAGUCCGAUCUACGACCGACCUGCCCAUUGGUGAAAUCUCAUCACCGAGUUCGUGAGUGAUCGACGUUGGUAUUUAUGAUCAGUUUGCAUGCUGUGCGCGUGUGUGUCAGGCUGAGUGUGGGGGUGCGGUUGGUGUGUUGCUUUAUCAAGAUUUUGUAACUUCGGUGUGUUUUCUCGUACAAGAGGUUUUUAUGAAUCAAAUAAGUGAAUCAAGUGCAUUUGUCAACCGAAG